AUGUCCAGGGGGAGGAUCUGCUGCCUAGUGCUGUUGACCUUGGGGGUGCUGGCGGUGGUUGUUGCACUCGUGGUCAUCCUGACACGACCCACCUGUGCUCCCCAGCACUACCUGCACGGCGCCGUGGCUGCCGACACUGAGACCUGCUCAGCCAUCGGCCGGGACAUCCUGAAAAGUGGAGGCACAGCUGUGGAUGCUGCCAUCGCUGGCUUGAUCUGCACCUCGGUGAUGAACCCUCAGAGCUCAGGACUGGGUGGUGGGGUCACAUUCACCAUCUAUAAUGCCAGCACAGGAACAGUGGAAGUGAUCAAUGCCCGUGAGACAGCUCCACGAGUGUUUCCUCACAAUCUGGUGUCUGGCUGUGCUGCUCCUUACCUCAUUGGUCCCCGCUGGAUUGCUGUGCCAGGAGAACUCCGUGGCUAUGAAGAAGCCCAUAAGCGACAUGGCCGCUUACCAUGGAAAGCCCUCUUUGAGCCAACCAUCAAACUUCUUUCCAAGCCACUUGUCAUUUCCCCAGUUUUGGACAAAAUGAUCCAUCACCCAUACUUCUCGGAUCUAGGAAAACGCCUGUGCCCACUGAUAUGUGAUGGUGGAAGGUUUUUGAAGCGUGGAGAGACCUUCAGGUGGCCAGUGCUGCAGCGGACACUGACAGCCAUAGCGGAAAGCGGAGCUGCAGCGUUUUAUGAGGGGCAGAUAGGAAAGGCCCUGGUGGAGGACAUCAGGAAGGCUGGGUCCAGUAUCUCACUAGAGGACCUUAAAGAAUACAAAGCAGAUGUGUCCCCAGCUCUGAACAUUACCCUGAACAAUCACACCACGGUGUUUUCUCCUGGACCACCCAUGGGAGGUGCUGUGCUCAUGUUCAUCCUCAAGAUACUGGAAGAUUAUAAACUCCAUGAAGCAUCACUGGCGAACCCCAGGGAGAGGGUGGAAACCUACCACCUCAUUGCAGAGGCUCUGAAGUUUGGCAAUAUGCUAAAGCCACUUAUGAGUGACCCAGCCUUCUCUGAAGCUCAGGUGACUGUGAGGACCAUGCUGUCUGACAAGAUCACCAAGCUUGCCAGAAGCCGAAUAGAUGACAAGGGUGACCAUCCUCUCAACCACUACAACUUGUUUGAGUCCAUCUACACCAGCAGAUACAAAAGUAAGGGCACAAGCCACAUCUCUGUGCUCGCUGCGGAUGGCAGUGCUGUGUCCGCCACCAGCACCAUCAACUACCCGUUUGGCUCCUUUGUGUAUUCCAACCAAACUGGGAUCAUUUUAAAUAAUGAACUCGCUGAUUUCUGCAUAGCAAACAGAAGCAUCAAAGCAGGAGAGAAGCCUCCCUCAGCAAUGGCACCUUCCAUCCUCAUUUCCAAGACAGGAGACAUGCUGGUGAUUGGAGGAGCAGGCGGGGCCUGGAUUACCAGUGCUACUACCAUGGCCAUUAUAAACAAGCUGUGGUUUGGCUAUGACUUGGAACAUGCCAUUUCAGCUCCCAUCAUGCAUGCUGAAGGUGACAAGAUUCUGUUUGAGACACACUUCAGUGAGGAGAUUAGGAGUGGCCUGCUGAGAAGAGGACAUAAAGAAAAGGAAGCUACAUUUGCAAUGAAUGUUGUGCAGGGAAUUUCUAAGGAAGGAAAAUGCAUCUCUGCUUACUCUGAUAAAAGGAAGAUGGGGAAAUCAGCUGGGUAUUAG